AUGAAAAGAAGUCCGGAAGACGAAGUAGAAGAAGAGCAAGUCAAUGGCGGCGGCAAGAGACUUAAAGAAGAACAGCAACAACUUGUGGUUGUUCCACCUGUAAAACCUCAACUCUUUUAUACUCCAUUGAAAACAGGUAUAGUGUAUGAUGUUAGAAUGAGAUACCAUGCUAAAAUCUUCACUUCAUAUUUUGAAUACAUUGAUCCCCAUCCGGAAGACCCAAGAAGAAUCUAUAGGAUAUACAAGAUCUUGGCUGAAGCAGGUCUUAUACAUGAUAGUUCAUUGAGUGGAACCAAUGAUUUGGGUCCAUUAAUGGUGAAAAUCCCCAUUAGGGAAGCAUCUUCAGAAGAGAUCCUUCAAGUACAUCUGCCAGAGCAUUUGGCCUUCAUCCAACUGACAGAAACAAUGUCAAGAGACCAAUUACUUGAAGAAACCGAAAAGGGAGAUUCCAUCUAUGUUAACAAUGAUCUGUAUUUACUGGCUAAGUUAAGUUGUGGAGGAUCCAUUGAAGCUUGUAAGGCUGUGGUACAGGGUAAAGUUAAAAACAGUUUGGCUAUCGUUAGACCUCCAGGUCAUCAUGCUGAACCCAAUACACCUGGGGGAUUCUGUUUGUUUAGUAAUGUUGCAGUUGCUGCUAAAAACAUCUUGAAUUCAUUCCCGGAUUCUGUUAGAAGAAUUGUGGUUUUGGAUUGGGAUAUACAUCAUGGUAAUGGCACUCAAAAGGCAUUCUAUAAUGAUCCUCGAGUCCUUUAUAUCUCUCUUCAUAGAUAUGAAAAUGGUCGUUUCUACCCCGGUACCAAGUUUGGUGGUGCUAAUAUGGUGGGUGAAGAUGAAGGUGAAGGGUUUAACGUGAAUAUUCCUUGGAGAUCUCCAGGAAUGCAUGACGGUGAUUAUGUUUAUGCCUUUAACCGAGUGAUUAUGCCCAUUAUUGAACAGUUUGAUCCAGACCUUUGUAUCAUCUCCUCAGGGUUUGAUGCUGCUGAUGGUGAUAUCAUUGGUGGGUGUCAUGUGACUCCGGCUGGUUAUGGUUAUAUGACCCAUUUACUUAAAGCUAUAGGUAAGGGGAAACUAGCAGUGAUUUUAGAAGGUGGUUAUAAUUUAGAUUCAAUUAGUAAAAGUGCCUUGGGUGUGGCUAAAGUACUUGUGGGUGAACCUCCAGAAUCAACCAUUUCAAUGCAACCCCAUUUAGAAACAAUCGAAGUCAUUGAUGAAGUUAUAAAGAUCCAACUGAAAUAUUGGAGUUGCUUGAGAAUAGGUGUACCUUCAAAACUGUUUGAAGAUGUCUUUGAUUUAUCAAACCAAAAAUUAAUAAACAUAGCUGAUCCUAUCAGAGCUUAUCAAGCAGCAGAAUUAUGCAACAAACAUUCCUUUACCAGCUUACCUAUUGUUCCCGAAGUGUCUAACCCUUCAGAGUCAGAGUCUACUUCAUCAUUAACUACUACUACAUCAAGCAGAGCAGCCACUGCUGCUGCUGCUGCUGCUUCUGCUCUGAAUAGUAAAAAGUCAACCUUCACUACAGGAACAGCUGGUCAUUUGGAAGACCUUGUGCUUGCUACAGAGAACGUACACGAUUGUACUAUACUUGUGGUUACCAUACAUGAUCCAGCAGAGGUUUGGGCCAAUGUUAACCCCAUAAAUGGGAACAUUGAAAGCAAUACCUCGGUUGUAUUGGAACAUCCUUUAAUACAAUUAAUGGAGGAUCUUAAAUCCGAAGCCUCCAAAAGUGAAGACUUGGGGAAUGAAAUAUUUGGUUAUAUUGAUAUUAAUAUUCCUCUGAGUGGAUUAUUCACAACGUUAUCUGAACCAAAGAAUGAUUCCAGUUCCAAACAACCAAUGGACUACAAUUCAACUAUCUUUGCACAAGAAUUGCUUCUUUAUAUUUGGGAUAACUAUAUUCAAUAUUUCUCCAAUUUAAAGAAAGUGGUGUUUGUUGGGUUUGGUGAAGCAUAUCAAGCCAUUGUUCACUUAUAUGGUAAACGUCCUUCACAAGAUUUAAAGGGAUUGGUCAAGGGAACGGUUGUGUUCUUAAAUCGGACUCAAUUGAAACCUUUGGUGCCUGUCAUGGAUGAAAGCAUGGUUGAUUGGUUUUAUCAAAGUUCCGUAGUAUUCACGGGUCAUUAUAAUCCUUGUUGGGUUACCAGUACUGGUGGACCCAUAGGUUCUAGAAAUGGUACUAUUGAUUCAAAUGGAACUGAAGAAGGAAAGAAACCAAGACGGAAAUUCGGUAGAGUCUUGAGAGCUCUGUCAGAUGGUUUAUGGGACGUUAUCACCGAACGGUUUAAUGAAGGGAUUGACUUCAUUUUAGAUUCCGUUGAAGACUUUUCCAGUAGUGAAAGCACAAGCUAA